UCGUUGACUUGUUUUCUUAAUUUAUGGCGAAAAGGCAUCGAUGCCGAGAAUAUAAUACGUGAUGCCCUGCUCUGUUCUUCUCAUUCAGUUCUGCUGUUUUGGCAGUUGUUGGAAGCCUGGGAAACGAACUUCUGCUUCUGAAAUUUUUAAUCUAAAACCUCCACAAAGCCCUUUCUUUCUUUCUUCUUUCUCCUCGUCUUCUUCGCUAGCUCAUGCUUGAAGCUUGAAGCUUGAAGCAAACCUCGCACAAGAUGCGCGAUGCUUCCCCGUGCAAAUGCGACAAUCAUAAUGAUCGGCCUGGCCUCCUAUCUUGGCCUUUCGUCGUCGUCCAGGACCUGGUGUCGUCGGAGGCGCAUCCUGUGCUCCGGGACGAGCCGCUUGGCUCGGCAGGCUUAGUCUUUCAGGAGGGGAAGGCCAUACUUGGCCUCUCGCUGCCGAUAGUCUUGGCCGGCCUCCUCCUCUACUGCCGCUCCAUGGUCUCCAUGAUUUUUCUCGGCCGACUCGGUGACCUGGCGCUCGCCGGCGGCUCGCUGGCCAUCGGCUUCGCCAACAUCACUGGGUACUCUGUUCUUUCCGGCCUCGCCAUGGGUAUGGAGCCGAUAUGCGGCCAGGCCUUUGGCGCCCGCCGCUACCACCUCGUCGGUCUCUCCCUUCACCGAUCGGUCCUCCUCCUCCUCUCCGCCUCCCUCCCCAUCGCGCUUAUCUGGUGCUACAUCCGCCCUCUCCUCCUCCUCCUCGGCCAGGAUGCGGACCUCGCAACGGCUGCCGCCUCCUACCUCCACGCCUGCCUCCCGGACCUUGUCCUCCAGUCGUUCGUCCACCCUCUCCGCAUCUACCUCCGCACCCAAUCCAUCACCCUCCCGCUCACCGCGUGCGCGGGCCUAGCCGUCGCACUCCACCUCCCGAUUAACUACCUUUUGGUCUUCGUCCUCGACCUUGGCAUCGGCGGGGUGGCCUUGGCCUCUGUUUGGUUCAACUUGAACGUCGUCCUGUUCCUCCUGAUUUACAUCUACUUCUCUGGCGUUCACCAGAGAACUGGCGGACUAAGCUUGGGAAUAGAAUGCUUGAAGGACUGGCGGUCGCUCCUUGACUUGGCCCUCCCCAGCUGCGUCUCUGUGUGCCUGGAGUGGUGGUGGUACGAGAUAAUGAUCAUCCUCAGCGGCCUUCUGCUAAACCCGCAGAGCACUGUAGCCUCGAUGGGAAUUCUGAUACAAACCACCUCCCUCAUCUACAUUUUCCCCUCCUCGCUCAGCUUCAGCGUGUCGACGCGCGUCGGCAACGAACUCGGCGCAAACCGGCCCGACGGCGCCCGGCGUGCAGCGGCUAUCGGGAUCUGGUGCAGCGCCGUGGUCGGCCUCAUCGCGUUCGCUUUCGCUACUUCGGUGCGCCACGUGUGGACCAGGAUGUUUACUGGCGACGCGGCGAUCCUUGGCCUCACCGCGGAGGUGCUGCCGAUCCUUGGCCUUUGCGAGCUCGGGAACUGCCCACAGACGACAGGGUGUGGAGUGUUGAGGGGCAGUGCGCGGCCCAAGCUAGGGGCCAACAUAAACUUAGGUGCCUUCUACGCCGUCGGCAUGCCUGCGGCUGUUGGCCUCGCGUUUUGGACAUCGCUCGACUUCAGAGGACUCUGGCUGGGGCUGCUUGCGGCGCAGGCCACCUGCGUCGCGCUGAUGCUCGUCGUCAUCAAAAGGACGGACUGGACUGCGCAGGCCGAACGGGCCCGGCUUCUCACCGGAGCUUACCCCGCCGAAGACGAGGAGGGCGAGGAGAAAGCGACGUUAAGACAAGUCAAGGCAACCGAAUCAGGAGACGAGACUAAAGGCUUGGUCACUAUAAAAAUGGAGCAAUGAG